UACAUAUCUGCGAUUGCAAAUUGAAAAUAUUGCCUUAAAUAUAUGAAAGAAACCAUGCACAAGGGUGGUACUUCUUCGGUCUACCGGGGUGUCAGAAAAAGGAAGUGGGGAAAAUGGGUGUCCGAAAUACGUGAGCCCGGUAAGGAUUCGCGUAUCUGGUUAGGGAGUUUUGAGACGCCGGAGAUGGCAGCAGCCGCCUAUGACACGGCGGCAUUUUACCUCCGUGGUGGUGAUGUUUCCAAACUUAAUUUCCCGGAAAGAGUAAAUGAACUCCCGAGACCCAUCUGCUCAACUGCAGAAUGCAUACGCAUGGCGGCCCAAGAGGCCGCCACGCGGUUCAGACCCUUGGUCAUGCCAGAAUAUGGUCAUGACCAGAAUGGGUCUGGGUCUGUGUCGGGUCAUAUGGUCCCGGUCAAUAUCGGACUUUCGCCUAGUCAAAUUCAGGCGAUAAAUGAUUCGCCGCUUGAUUCCCCGAAAUUUUGGAUGGAAUUGAGUGAUGUUUUUAUUGCGGAACAAAAAUUGUAUUUUUGUAAUGCUGCUGCUAACUUUGAUCAUACGGGUGAUUGGGGAGAGAUACCGGAGUAUCCUCUCUGGGAUUCUUAUUAAGAAAACUUUUUUUUAAAAAAAAAAAAAAAAAAAAUGGUGAGUUACUUAUGGUUAACAUAUUUAUCUAUCAUAAGUGGAAUAAAACCUAUAUAAUGUUUGACCUUGGGUAUGGCCCUCAAAUUUCAUCGAAGAGCUGAUUUUUUUAAAGGCUCAUUUAACAAUACUGCUAGCAAGGGUCAGUAGGUUAGGAGAAUGAAUUCUUUUGUGUGUGUUUAUUUAUUUUUUUCUUUUUCUUGCGAUGUAAACAACCUCCUGUAAUAUGUAAUAUGUUUGAUUUCUAUCAGAUUAUAUAUAGUUUUGUUAAAAUGAGUUUGAUUCA